AUGGACAGGAGCCCUCCGUCCAACCACAGUGUUACUAUGUUUCGCCGUGAAGACGACAUUGUGGCUCAGAAGGCUAAGUCAGGAGCUGAUGGGACCGGCGAUGCUGCCACCGCUGUGGCGGCAGUGGAGCAACGUGGUCUUCAAGUGAUGAGCCACUCCCCUACUGAUCUAGGAGUUGAGUCACCCAAGUUCUGUGGACCUUCAAGUUCGGAACAUACUCUAAAGGUGAUAGGUGGGGACCUCAAAGCAAGAGGCAUACCCACUGCUAUACUGGGGACUGCACCGCCAACUUCUGGAGUUGUGGGCGGCAUCCCAAGAGUAGUCCAGUAUGCACCUGUGAUGAGCCUCCUGACGAUGGAUCCUCUGUGGGAAUUUCAGAAAGAAGAGGCACUUAAGCUAGUCGACGAUUGGUUUGACGAAAUUGGUUCCCUCUAUCGCAUCGCACAUCGAAAAACAGUUCUAGAGAAUGUCACAUAUGUUUUUGACAUUCUAGAACGUGCUCAUAGGGAGGGUCUCAAGUCAAUUGGAGAAGAAGUGGCGGAAGCUCUUCUCAACAACGAGACAAGCCAGUUUAAAUUGAUUCUGGCCAAUCAGCUAACUUUGGAGAACGGGGGCAAAAGUCAUGCCGCUCAAAGACUAUUUCAGAGUGUUAAGGGAGUGGUAGAUGAUCUCCUGUGGCAUCCCAUAGGAGUUCCCGGUAUACAACUGCUCAUGUUGGUGGCUUUAUAUCACUAUCACCUUAGCGAUGACCCAACUACAGGUCGGAUCAUGAGCCAUGCGGCAAGACACUGCCUGGAAAUGGGUUUAAACCGUCUAGAUGUUGUUGAGAAGAUCUUUCCCAACCCCGAAGAACGAGAAGUCUCAGUGCAAGCAUUCUGGUCUGUUUAUAUCUUCGAACGACGAGUCAGUCUAGGAUUAGGUAUACCAUAUUAUGUCCAAGACAUUCUAGUCGAUCCACGCUUGCUUGAAUCGGCCCUUGACAGCUCUGAGCUACAUCUGGGUAUCAUGCUUGAGUGGACAAAACUGGCUGGGAAAACGUGGCAGGCUUUGAACGGACAGCAUGGAGAUAAAAGUGCUGAAAUCAAUCAUGAAGAAUUGGACUAUCUGGAAUACCAAAUCUUACAUUGGUAUGAGCGUAUUCCUCCUCAUCUCCAGCUGAGUCACGACCGAUCAGAAAGACAGACACAGUACAAAACUCUCCAAUACCUGCAAAUUAUCUUAUUCGUUCGCAAAAGCCAUCUCCUUACCUUGAUCUACCGACCCGUCCUACAACGUGGCCAUAUUCAAAAGCACCAGCGACAUGCUCAAACGGGGGUGAGAGUCGCAAAAGAAGCAAUUCAGGUACUGUCGGAACUUACAGAGCGAACCGGCUUGAUUCGCAAACACGCAUUAUUUUUCAACCAUCUCACACUAACUGCCUUCGGAAGUCUCCUAUCCGCAGUGGUUAACGGGAGCUCCCUGUUUUGGGAUAAGCUACGAACGGAGUUCGACACGGCUCUAAAUCUCAUCAGAGUGCUAAGCACUAACUCGGCCCCCCUGAUGCGGUUGUGGCAACGCCUCGAAGGACUCCGGGACCUACAAGCCAAGCUCCAGAGCGCGUCAGACAUGCAAUUCGUUGAGGUUCCAAAUGAUCAGAGACCACCGCCGCUUGGUGGACUGUCGCUGGAUGAGCUGUUUCCCACCUUUCCGGAUAUUCCACCGAUUGCAGACCCUUCAGCAGGUCUCAUGAAUUCUACGCUUGCUAGUGCGCAGAUGAGGGAACAACUUAAUAGCCUUUUUGAAGUACCUGUCAGUUACGAUAGUUUCUUUGACUUCACUGACAUGGAUUGGGAACAGCCGGCCUAG